GAAUGGACCAACAAGAGCCACUGGAUAACGAGGCAGCCGUAUACGGAACAGCAAAGAAAUACGCCCACCUCACUCUCACACCAGAUAAUCCACCAUGAAUUUCUUCUGGAGAGACAAUUGGGUUCCGGGGUAAUCCGCACGAGAGAUUAGAUUUUGAUCAAAACCCAUUAAGAAAAAGCUGAUUCGUGACAUUUCUUUAAUUCCCAAAUGACAAGUAUCAUCAGAUUCUCUACCUUCAACAUCCUGCACGAUCAUUUCUGCAAGAAGCCCACCAGAUUCAGUCCUCUUCCGGCUCGUAAGGUUGGCUUCUGCAAUCGUAAUGGGUUCCGCUUGAGGGCUUACGGAUGGAGAUUGACAUUUCUGGGCGGGAGUUGUGGUAACGAAGGGAUUUUUGGAAAGGAUUUAGGGUUUAAGGGAAGGAGAGGGUUAAUUGUGGCAAGGUUUAAUCAGGGUUUUGGGUUUAACGGUGGCGGCGGUGGUGGCGGUGGAGACGAUGGGGCAACCGCAAGGAUUUUGGGUAAUAUUGCUUUGGCUGUUGGGUUAACUUAUCUUUCGGUAACAGGGCAGCUUGGCUGGGUUUUGGAUGCCAUUGUUUCCAUUUGGCUUGUUGCAGUUCUCGUACCAAUUGUCGGAGUGGCCGCUUUUAUCUGGUGGGCGGGACGAGAUAUAGUCCAAGGCACUUGCCCUAACUGUGGAAAUGAUUUUCAAAUAUUCAAAUCAACUCUCAAUGAAGAGCUGCAACUGUGCCCUUUCUGUAGCCAACCUUUCUCUGUGGUAGAUGACAAGUUUGUGAGGGAUUCUGUGAAGUUCUCCAACAAAACUUCUUCCACCUUUGGACAGGCUUUCAGUAACUUCACUUCUCCUAAAAAAGGGAAGGAAACCUCUGCAGCAGUGGUUGACAUAGAAGCAGAAGUAAAAGAUGUAGACUGAAGUCUACCGAGUUACUGGCCGUUUCACUCUGGAAGCAUACCUCAGAAGGCCAACUAAUAUUGGGAAGAAUCAGUUGGUUCAAUUGGCUUUGCCAGUUUAAAGUAAGUUUUGACACUGCAAAUCUUUGUAUAUUUGUGUUAUCUUUCAUAGCCAGAAAUUUCCAAUUCUGAAACAACUGUGCCUCCACUUUGCAUACCUUUUUUUUUUAUAUAUACAAAUAUGUCUUAUGUACAAUCUUUACUCUGUAACUUAUCAAGACUAAUGGACUAGAACAUGAACUACUCUACUUGUUUUCCUCCA